AUACUCUGGCGCUUACAGUGGUGGAAACGAACGUCCCUGAGCGCGCACUGUGAAGAGGAGAGUAUAGGGCUUUCGACUCUUUGGACGGAGAUAACGGUUUCUUUUCCUCUCUACACUCUACAAACGCCAAUAAAUCAACCCCGAUUUUUCCGAUACGAGGGUGGUCUAACAACAGUGAUCGAAACGUGGGGGGGGAACGAGGGAUCUGAUCCGCAAGUUUUUUCUUUUGCCUUUUUUUCCUUUUCGUACCAGAGGAUUCUGUUGGUGGUGGCUUGAUCUCACUCGUUGCAAAGAUGAUGGUCGGGGAGAUUGAAGUGAAGGAGCGACCGAGGCCGAGCCCUGACUAUUUAAUGCAGUUAUUGAAUGAAAAGAAGCUCAUGACCAGUUUGCCAAAUCUCUGCGGCAUUUUUACACACCUGGAGAGGCUUCUCGAUGAAGAGAUCAACAGAGUUCGCAAGGACAUGUACAGUGACUCGGUGAAUGGCCUGGUGGGUAAACAGCCCCUGGACCUGCCGGAGCCAAACGGCACCAUCAUCCACCAGCAGGAGAAACUCUUUGUGCCCGUCAAAGAAUACCCCGACUAUAACUUCGUGGGGAGAAUUCUCGGACCCCGAGGGCUGACCACCAAGCAGUUGGAGGCGGAGACUGGAUGCAAAAUCAUGGUGCGAGGCAAGAGCUCCAUGAGGGAUAAGAAGAAGGAGGAACAGAACCGCGGGAAACCAAACUGGGAGCACCUCAACGAAGACCUCCACGUGCUGAUCACGGUAGAGGACACACAGGCCAGAGCAGAGAUCAAGAUGAAGAGAGCCAUGGAGGAGGUCAAGAAGCUCCUGGUGCCUGCUGCGGAAGGAGAGGACAAUCUGAAGAAGAUGCAGCUGAUGGAGCUGGCCAUUCUCAACGGGACGUAUAGAGACACCAACCUUAAGACUCCCACUCUUGCGUUUUCUCUUGCAGCCGCGGCGGCGGCCGCUCAGGGCACCCGCCUCAUAGCCGGGCCCCCGGGCCAGGGCAUGCCCCCCCAGGGCAUGCGGCCCCCCACGCCGGGCGGCCCCCCGCUCAUGAACCUCAUCCGGCCCCAGAUGACGGCCAUCAUGCCCAACGGCACCCCCACCCUGGUGCCCCCGUCCCCCGACGGCGGCAUCAUCUACACCACGCCGUACGACUACCCCUACACCCUGGCGCCCACCUCUUUGCUGGAGUACCCCAUCGACCACAGUGGGGUCCUAGGUAAGAGGCCCUGGGGCAGCAUGGGUGCGGCGCCAGGCUUUAGCCAGCCCGGACAGGAGGGCUUGUUUUACCCCGGAGGGGUGCUGGACGCGGCUUCAAUGAGCCACAAUCAGGACUUGUUUAAAGUGAAUGGAGGUCUAACCUUUCGGACCUGUUACGAUCUAGGUGCAAUGGCUUCUAAAGUGAGACGGCAUGACUCUCGGGUCCAUCCUUACCAAAGGAUUGUGACCCCUGACAGAGGUCAGUUUAGAAACCCAUGCCCACACACUGCUACACUGACGCACUGCAAUGUUACACAUAUGCCUGGAUGCCUUAGAUAGACCAAAACAAAAAACCUGUACUACUGUGUAACGUUAUCAUGGCCAUGAUUCAGUCGGUCAUUUUCCCCCAUAUUUACACACACACACACACACACACAUAUUUCUACGUCACACACACACACAGACACACACACACACACACACUAGUUAAAUGGUCGUGCGGCGUGUUUUGUUUACAUUGACUACUUUUUUUUAGUGCGUUAACUCCAUUCCUCGACGCUCCCGCAGCGCGCCUUGGUUCGGUUUUCACUCCAACCAGGUGCAGGCUGAGUGUCUCGGCAAGCAUCGUUGAAGCUUUUUAGAUUUUAUUUUUUUAUACUACGUUCCUCUGAUGGGAGAGGAGAGCCUCCUGAAUCAGGGCCGGCCAGCCCUUGCUCCCUCAUACAUGAUUUAUCCCCUGCACUUAUAAGGAGCAGGGGAAGUAGAGUCCUCGCUGUCAACCCAAAAACCCAUUCGACCCAAUAGGCAGAUCAGUAGUAAUCUACGGUCCUGCCAAACUCUCGUAUUCCCUCCUGAAACAACCAUUACGGGUCCUUUUUUGUUUUUAUUUAUUUUUUAAUAACGUACACUUAGGUAGCUCGCAUUUUUUCCUUAGUGUAUGAAAACGACUGCAGAAAAAAUAAAAGCUAAAGAAUAUUUAUUUUGAGCUUUCAGUUGUAUAACGAGGUACUGUUAUUUUUUUAUACCUGAGCAUUUAUACAUAAAAUGUAUUUUAUUCCUGUUGAUAUCUAUCCUAAACAAAAUAAAUAUAAAGAGGACACAG